UCCUUUUUUCCCUUUAACUGCUCGAUUUAAAAAAGUUAUCUUUAGUGUUCGAUUUAUAUGUACACGUACGCGCGUUUGGCAACGCCGCCAUCCUAGCCACGCCCUCGCCUACCGUGGAUUUCCCCUACUUCAAAAUAGUCUUCAACGGGCCGCACGGUAACACCCGAAUGACCAUUCGGGAACAUCAAGGAGCGUCCGAACUGGUCCUUAAAGAGCUGCAGCUGGACGACGUGGUCGAUUACUGGGCGUGGCACGAGUUUUCCAUUUCCAUUUUCGCCAACAGUCUGCAAAUCUACAUGAAAAAGCCCAUAGGCAUGCAUUCGCUGCUCGAAACGACCGAUGAGGUGUUUCGGCAGCUGCGCUGGUUCAGUGUCGGCUCGGAAAACAGUGUUGCGCAUUGGAGCUUUUACUGUGAGCCGCCCCGCUUUGCGCAGCCGCCUGCAGCGAUGCUGCCGGACUGUGCCAUCAACACUAACGAGCCGGAUUAUUCUGGAACACAAGCAAGUCGAUUGGAGUCUAGUCGGGUGCGGGAAGUUUGA